AUGGGUCAACAACAAUCAAAGAGUAGCGAUGGGACCAGGACUCCAGUAAAAAGUUCCUCGUCACAAAAUCUCCCCGAGACUUUGCAACAAUAUCCUUCCAUUUCAAAGUCUGAUACAAAAGACAGUUCCUCCAGGUCCAUUCGAUCCUCUAUACGAAGCAAAAUCAAGAGCUCAGGAGACGAUAAGACAAACGAUAGCCCUAGAGCUUCCGCAUCCGCGCUUUCCAAUGUUGACGGAACAAACAGUGAUAGGGCAGAUGCAAGCUCUAUUGCAAGUGGACGCUCAGGCUCGUCACGAGCCACAAAGGAUAAGUUCAGCAACGGCCCAUUAGUCGAAUCUCCAACAUCUCCAACCGACGAUGAUGACGCCCCAUCUCCAGGUACCACAACCCCUGCACGACCGCCAUCACCAACGCAGUCCAAGUCGGUUGGAAAAGGGCACAAAUCGGUCGAUAGAGCCCAGAGGACUGGGGAGGUCGGGGCAGUCUCGGAUGAAGCCCCACACCAAGCCCACCACCAUUCUUCUACCCAGAAGGCUGGCGAAUCCAUCCUGGUCAAGCGCGAGAACCAAAUCAACCCAAGGGCUCCCGAGACGAAAGCUUCACUUCGAGCAAAACUUGCUGAUCUCCCAGGCGCAUCGCCAGGAGGAGGGAUGGGCAUUGGAGAGGUGAACGACAUGGAUUUGGAUGACAUGAUUUCCCGGUUGUUAGAUGCUGGAUACACCACCAAGGUCACCAAAGCAGUAUGCCUUAAGAACGCCGAGAUCACAGCAGUAUGUACUGCUGUUCGAGAGGUACUGUUAUCGCAGCCAGCCUUGUUGGAGUUGAGUGCGCCAGUCAAGAUCGUGGGUGAUAUCCAUGGCCAGUACAAUGACCUGAUCCGGUUGUUCGAGAUGUGUGGUUUCCCUCCCAGUUCCAACUUCUUGUUCUUGGGUGACUACGUGGAUCGAGGGAAACAGUCACUCGAGACUAUCCUUCUCCUCUUUUGCUACAAGUUGAAAUAUCCCGAGAACUUCUUCAUUCUUCGUGGCAACCACGAGUGCGCCAAUGUCACUCGUGUCUAUGGUUUCUACGACGAAUGCAAGCGGAGAUGCAAUAUCAAGGUGUGGAAGACAUUUAUUGACACCUUCAACUGUCUGCCCAUUGCUUCCAUUGUGGCAGACAAAAUCUUCUGUGUUCAUGGUGGACUCUCACCUAGUCUUUCCCAUAUGGAUGACAUCCGUCAAAUUGCACGACCAACAGAUGUUCCGGACUAUGGACUUUUGAACGACUUAUUGUGGAGUGACCCUGCCGACAUGGACCAAGAUUGGGAGUCUAAUGAGAGAGGAGUCAGUUACUGUUUUGGUAAGAAGGUCAUAGUAGACUUCCUUGCUCGGCAUGACUUCGACCUUGUCUGUCGUGCUCAUAUGGUGGUGGAGGAUGGGUACGAAUUUUUCAACGAUCGACUAUUAGUCACUGUUUUCUCUGCACCAAAUUACUGCGGCGAGUUUGACAACUGGGGAGCUGUAAUGUCUGUCUCCAGCAAUUUGCUAUGUAGCUUCGAGUUACUGAAGCCUUUGGAUUCGAGCGCACUGAAGAAUCAUAUCAAGAAAGGACGUAAUGCACGCCAAAACAUGCUCAACAGUCCACCGGCACAAGUUUCAGCUCAAAGCUUCUAA